CGUUUCAAGUUGGAUUGCGGAGAAGAUAGUGCACUCGGCUGUGUGAGGCCCUCGAUGAGUGUCCCAGGCCGGACAGACGGCAGGGCCGCACCUCGCUCCUCCGAGGCCUGGCCGGGGCCCGGAGGUUUGGCCCGGGCGCCAGUGCCUACUGGCGUUCUGGCCGCUUCAGGGCAGCCGACCCCGGGGCUGCUCCUGCGGUCAGCCGAGCGCUACCAAAGGACGCCGAAAUGCGCCCGCUGCAGGAACCACGGGGUGGUGUCGGCACUGAAGGGCCACAAAAGAUACUGUCGCUGGCGAGACUGCGUUUGCGCGAAAUGCACGCUCAUCGCGGAGCGACAGCGUGUGAUGGCCGCACAGGUGGCCCUCCGCCGCCAACAGGCCCAGGAGGAGAACGAGGCGCGGGAACUGAGUCUGCUCUACGGGUGUCAUGAGGGCCUCCUCGCUAUGCACCGAGCCGGGUUCACUUUCUCAGCCGCGAUGGCCCACAUGCUCAGCGGGAGGAAAUCAGGCCCUGAUACUACAGCAACUGCCACCUCCACCUCAUCCACAGAAUGGAAGAGAUCUCGUCUAUCGCCUACUGAAACUGCUGUCAGUCCGAAGAGUGAUGGACUCAAACGACGGCCUGAUGCAGAGGAAACCACAACAGAUUCGGAAGCAUACGAUGAUGACGAUCGUCCUCCAAAAGAGCCUGAUGCUUCCAGUCCUCCCCCUGCGGAAACCAGGAAACCAGAAUGGAGCUCCCAAGAGCCACUGGACCUUCACCAUCGAAAUGGAACCCCUUCUCCAGUUGAAAGCCAGACACAUGCGAGCGAGAUUCGACCAUUUGACUUGCACAAAAAGAAAUCACCAAUAGAUAUUUUAGCGCGAGUGUUUCCAAGAGAAAACCGGGGUAUUCUGAAUGUAGUUUUACAGAGAAAUGGAGGAGAUGUUCUUCAAGCCAUAGAUGAUCUCUUGAGCACGAAAGAGCCUGAUCCAGAGAAGACAAUGAACGAUACUUCUUCUGAGGCCGUUAGUCCUAGUGCUUCGCCUUUAUCUCGAAUACCCAGUCCCCGCCAAACCAACCAUCUUGGAGAACCAGCUCCUUUACCGAGAUUUUCAACUUCACCCAACAUUUUUUCUUCUGGACCAACCUCUAAUUUGGCUAUGACUGCAAGUGGCUUAACUUUCCGUAGGCCCUAUGUUUCAUCUCCAGGAGCUCGAGGUUUAUUGACAGUGCCCGCUUAUUCUGGGUUUUUUCCUGGAAUCUCUCCAACAUUUACUCCGGGUUACCCGAACUUUUUUGGGACUUCUUUAUCAACCAGUACUUCCACAAGCCCAGAUGACAGUAAGAAGAAAGGAGGUGAAUGCUGGCCAACAUGUGGCAAUCCUUCUCCGCAAGAUCUGUCUUCCCCUGACACAAAAAGCCCAAACGGAUUCGCUGAAUAA